CUCACCACCCGGCCUUUCUUAGGGAAAGCGGGCGGGCCCAUGGCGAGAAUGAGGCGGGCGCAGCUCAGAGCGACCUCCUCUCAGCGCCGCCUCCGCCUUCGGGUCAAUUUUGCGCUAUGCGGGGUGUGUGUGUGUGGGUAUGGAAGCACCGCCAAAGACUCCUCUCAGAAAAGCUCCUUUUGCUAUGAAGGCGGGAAAUGUGGACGCGCCUUUGGUCGUUUAGUGCAAAGACGCUCAACUUUGUUGACCCUGUGGGCAGUUUGGGAACUUUGAGAAAGUAGUAAAUGACUGCCACCAAGGAAAUGCAACCUGCUAUAGGGCACAUACUGACAAAAGAUUGUGAGGGCUCCAUGCUGGAGGUAAUUUUCUUUGGACUGGCAGCAGCUACCGACCAAAUGGCUACUCCCCUGUAGAGUUCAUAGACCUCGGGUCUGAAGCACCUUCUGCACUAAUGAAAUGAGGCGGGUAUGGGGGGAGGCCGACAUUUGGCUCUCUGCUUUGGAGAAGAAGCUGUGGCUCUCAGGAAGUAUGUGGAUGGGCUCUGGUGCCCAGAGGUGGUGACAAAUUGAAAAAUUGCUACCGAUAUAGUGUGAUGAUGUCAGUAUUUGGGUGCUCUAAAAAUAAAUUUUCUCAAAUUGUAACAUGACAUGUUUUCUUACUAAAUAUAUAGUCAAGAAUGUUUGUUGCCUCACCAGAAUCCCACUCUGGAAGACCAAAUAACUCUAGGGUGAGCUUUGUUCAUUUCAGGGCAGCUGGGCCAUCUCUACUUGUCAUGUGAUAAGGAAGAUGUUACUACCCAUCAGGUGCAGAUGUGCAGUCAGACUGACCCACACAUACAUACAUGAUUGGAUGUCAGGCCUCUGGAUGAACAUGUAGUUCCAUGGGAUUUUCAUUUAUGACUUUUUCUUCUGAUUCUGUUCUGGUGCCUUUGACAACUUCCUAGUGCACAGAAGAUUAAUAAGUGAACAUUUUCCUGCCAUGAAUCUCAGUGGCGGGAAAAGCUUCCUAGUACAUUUCUGUGAGGCAGUCUUCACAGGAACAAUGUCACUCAUUGCUCUGGAAUCCUGGUAUGAGGCAAGGAGAAGGUUUCAGCAUAGAGUAGAACCAGCUUUAUGCUGCACAUCAGCAAUUAUGACGGCAGUGACGACCACCAUCCUUGUUCUAACCACUGUUACUCUUCUGUCUACAGGGAAGAAAUUCCGAUGGUGUACCCUUUCUGACCUGGAGCAGAGGAAGUGUGCAGAACUGUCCAAAGUUCUUCUGAACGUGUUGCCUCCUGCCACAAUCAAUUCCUUUGCCAGAGUUUCCUGCAUCAGAGCCCAUGAUACCUAUGACUGCAUAGAAAAGAUCAGGAUGAAUAAAGCAGAUGCUGUUUCCUUGGAUGCUGGAGUUGUGUAUUCUGCUGUAAAGCUUUUUGGCCUGACAAUGGCGGCAAAGGAAGUCUAUGCGGAAGGUGCCUGCAUAUUUGCUGUAGCUGUUGCCAGACAAGGAACACUGAAUAUCCAAAAGUUAAAAGGUACCCGUAGUUGCCACAAUGGAGCCAGGUGGACUUCAGGUUGGAAUAUCCCUUUGGGCUUCCUUCUAGCUAGAAAUGACCUGAUAUGGGAUGAAGAUCAGCCUCUAAGCCAUGUGAUCAGUGAUUAUUUCAAUGCCAGCUGUAUCCCGGGCAUUGGAGUUACCACUCCUCAGCUAUGCAGUCUCUGCCAAGGGCAGAAGUCUUUCAUCCGGGAGAAGAACCACUUCUGUGAGUCCAGUGGUGAUGAGCCCUUCUAUGCUUCAGAAGGAGCCUUCAGAUGUUUGAAGAGUGGGAUAGCAGAUGUUGCUUUCCUGGAUCACCUAACAAUAAUGAAUGUUACAGAAUCAGAACAUGAAGAAUAUGAACUUCUGUGUCCUGAUGGGUCCACAGCACAUUUGAAUGCUUAUGGAAAUUGCAACUUGGGCCAUGGGCCAGGACGUGCAGUUGUUACUCGCGAUAAUUUCCAGAAGAUCACCAAGAAAUUUCUUACUUUGAUCCAGAAUCUGUUUGGAAAGAAGGGAAAAGAAAGGGCCAGGUUUGAGCUCUUUACUUCUGCACCGUUCAGUGGAAAGAACCUGUUAUUCCAUGAUGCUACUCAGCACUUGCAGGUAGUUGAAGAAGAGGCUGAGCUCAGUCAUGUUCUUGGCUUGGAUUAUGUUGCUCUCCUGCAGGGUUUGGGGCAUGAAGGAAGUUCCCUUUCCAACAGUCUGGUGCGCUGGUGCUGCAUUAGCAAUGCUGAGCUCCGUAAAUGUGAAGAGUGGGCUCUGAAUGUAAAAUCUGACCCUUUGGUCUGUGUCCAAGCAGAUUCUAUGAUCAACUGCAUCGAACUGAUCAAGAACAAUGGGGCAGAUGCCGUUACACUGGAUGCCACACAUGCCUAUUUUGCCAAGAAGUGUGCUCUAGUCCCUGUUGCUGCAGAGUGCUAUGGACUGGAAUGCACAAAACCUAGAAGAGAAGAGAGAAAAGAGUGGUUGACUCCCCUUACAGCACUGCCUCCCAUUUACACGGUUGCCUUAACAAAGAAGAAUGCCAAGCACAUAAAUAUUCACAAUCUGGAGGGAAGGCGCUCUUGCCACAGCCAUGUGUACAGUCCAGGAGGAUGGCUGCUUCUUUCUCAGUACACCGUGAGGGCACUGGAGAAUGAGUCCCUCAGCUGCAACAUCAGCUCUGCUUACCAGGAUUACUUUUGGAAGAGUUGCAUGCCAGGCGCAAAUGGGAACCUUUGCAAAGUCUGCAUUGGACAGAAGGACAUGGAAGGGGACAAGGGAUUGGCCAGGUGUGCUGCCAAUCAUGACGAGCGCUACUAUGGAAACAUGGGUGCUCUCAGAUGUCUCCUUGGUGACCCUAGUGGGAGAAACUUUGGUGAUGUAGCCUUCUUGGAACAUCAUAAUCUGCUCCAAAACAUUGAGUACUUGGAUAGCUCAGGCUGGGGAGCAGGAAAUGCUUCCAGUGACUUCGAACUACUGUGCCCGGAUGGACUUCGUGCUGCAGUAGAAGACUGGAAAACCUGCAACCUGGGGCCUGUUCCUUCUAACAUAGUGGUGACACGCUCAGUGACUGUUAGUAAGAUCAACAGUUUCCUGCAGCACUCACAGGAACCAAGCCCCGGGUCUACAUUUCAGCUCUUUCAGUCACAACAGUAUGGAGAAAGUGACCUGCUGUUUAAAGAUGCCACUCAUUAUCUUGUUCCCACAAGACAACUGGAUUAUGAGGCAAUUCUUGGAGCAUCUUUCUUCCAGCUUGCAGCAUCUGUCUUCAACUGCACUCAUGCAGACAUCCUUGAUCUCUGCAGACAAGAUACUUGCACAUAUACUGCCCCACACUGAAUAUCUGCUGACAAACUCGAUGGACUAGACUGAAUGAAGUAAGAAUGUAGUAUGAGGCUUGCGUGGUCCCACAAGACUUUUUACUGUUUCUUAUUCUGGACUCAUGAUACUAUAUUCAGAUGGCAUUAGCUUGAAGGGUCUGUUUCUACUGCUGCUAUAAUUCAUCCUCUUUACCUGGCUGGAAAUUGGUGAGUAAAGCAACAACUCUUUUCCAAAGCAUUGCAUCAUUGGAACAAAAUGGGUGGGGGUGGGGGGCUUGCAUUCUCUUUUGGGGAGAAGAAACCCCAAAACCCCAAUGCCACAUUUACUGAAAUGGCUGUCUCCAAGCAGCGCAGCAGUAUGUUAGUGCUGAUGUAGCCUAUUCUGCAGUUCUCCCUCCAGACAUUAAUUGCAAUCUUAACAAUCAAGCUGGAAGACUAGUCUCUAGUAUUGCAUCCAGUUAUAGAAAAAGUGGGAAGAACAGCCUACUUGUCUAGUCCUCCUCUAUUAGUGGCACAGCUUGUAUUCUAACCCUAUCUGCUCCUGAAACUAACAAGAUAAAUUAAACUAGUUAUUAGUUAAAAGUUAGGAGAGGACAUUACUCUUGACUCAGAUUCUUGUUUUAAUAAGCUCUGUAAUUGUUAUUACUUCUCCUAAUUAUGAACUUGAUAGUCACAUGCCUGCAACCAAAAUAUGGCAACCCAGUGAGGGAAGGGGUUUCUGCAGAACUGCCUGUGUAUAUGGAAAGUGUAAAUUAAAAAACCCCAAACCUCUGCCGAUGAAAA